AUGAGGCAAUUGGAUGGGGUUGCUCCGUCCAUUAGGAUUGAAUUAGAAGAUGUUGGCAAAUCCAAAUGGGCUAGGGCAUUUUGCCGGAGGAAAAGAUAUUCCUUAAUGACAACCAACAUAUUUGAAUGCAUGAAUUCAGCUUUAAAGGAAGCACGCGAAUUACCUGUUAUUGGUCUCCUUGAAUCUAUCCGUAGUUUGGUUCAAAAAUGGUUUUACAAACGUCGUAGUCAUUGGAGUUUCCAGUAUUCUGAAUUGUCAUUGCAUGCAGAGAACAUUAUUCGAUCAGCCUUAAGGGACAGUAGGUCAAUAGAUUUGUACCCCAUUAACCAGUAUGAAUUUGAAGUGCAUGAUCGCUCUAACCAAUUUGUUGUUAACAUUCUGAAUCGUACUUACUCAUGUCGGUGGUGGGACCUAGACAUGAUUCCGUGCUCUCAUGCAUGCAUUGCAUUGUCUCGUAAGAACCUUCAACUACAGUCAUAUGUACAUGAUUUCUAUCGUGUUUCCAAUCUACGUUUGUUAUACAGAAAGAAAACCCGACUUAUUGGCAAUAUUCAACAAUUCACUACAAGUCAUGUAGUUGGUAAUGAUCCAGUUCUUCCUCCUAAUGUCAAACGUCCAGCUGGGAGGCCUAAGAAAAAAGAAUCACAUCUUGUUUAG